UGAAAUCCAUUCAAUCUCGUCCGCCGCCGCCGCGACGGGCGUGGCUUCCUCCAACGUUCCCCCACCCACCGUMGAGCUCUAUAAAUACCACCCGACACGGACCGGCCGACCGUAGUCGCAGUACAUCGUUCUUCCCUUUCAGAACACGUUCGUGACAGUAUUAUUUUAUUAUCAUCGCCUAAAAGCGAAGAAUCGAUCGACUGUAUUUUCACUCGUAUUUAAUAACUAUAUAUUAUCAAAACAACAUAAUAUCGUCGCCGUUUUGCGCACAGUGCUCUCGUGUGUGUUUUGUUCGUCGCGUUCUACAUUUUUUUACCGUCUACACGUGCCGAGCGUAUAUUUUUUUUUUGCGUAAUUACACGAGUUCGUUUCGUUUCGUUUAAUUUCGCUUAACUCGAAGACAGCAACCAUGAAAUCCAUACCUUUGUGUCGCAACAACAACAACAACAACAACGGAGGUUCGACCGGACCCGCGGUGACAAGCGGACGUGUGCAACGCAAGCGCGGUGACCUGGAAGACGAGAAGAUCCAAAAGUAUCUGUCUAAGCUCAAGGAUCUGGUACCGCUUAUACCCAAGGACAAGCGGAUAUCCCGACUGGAGGUGAUCCAUCACGUAAUCGAUUACAUAUGUGACCUGGAGGACAUGUUGGAAAAUCACAGGUCGGUGAACGCAGACGCCGUGCACUCAGCCGCCGCGGCCGUCAUGCUUUCGUCCUCGGUGGCCGCCGUCCGGCAGCCACUUGGCAUCAUAUCGACCCCGAACGCGCUGGCCGCCGCUGCCGCAGCUGUUGCCGUGGCCGCACAGCCACAAUCGUCCUCCGAAUCGACAAUGUCCCCUUCUUCUCGGACACAAGAAAAGCUGUCAAAUUCAUCAGAUACGAGAGCCGUUAGCUGUUAAACAWAACGAAUAAUAAUAAUUAUUUAUUAUAAUUAUUAUACAUUUUUGAAAAAAAAAACACACACAAAAUAAUAUACUAAACAGAAAAAAAGAUUGAAAAAACGUCGCCCAUCCACGCCUCGACAGCCAGUAACGAGUACCGUACCGAGGAAUAUCGUUUGUCGAAUAUACAAGUAUAUAAUAAAUAUAUGUGCAUAAUAGGUGUAUAUUAUAUACAAAUAUAUUCAAAAAGUAUAUAUAUGUUAAAUGAGAGAGUGAGAGAGAAUACGUUAUGUAUACACACACAUUCCAAAUAGAUUCGACAUCUCUCAGGAGUUGGACUCGAAGGUUCCGUUUCGCGGAAAAGUGCGUUUUUUUUCUCGCCUCCCCCCUUUACACACUGUACAGCUUAGGUUUAAUUCCUAAUUGUUAUUAUUAUUUAUUAUUAUAUCAUUAUUUUUUUCGUUAUGACUGUGAUCCUAUCAAUAUGUAGUCUAGGUUUUAGUAUUUAUAUAUUAUCAUUAUUGUAUUAUUAUGUAGACAUUUAACUCUAGCAGGUAUAUAAUCUUACUAUGAUAAAAAAAAAAUUAAAAAAAUGUUUAUUUAAAUAUAGGCCUAUUUAUAUGACAACUGGGUGGAUUUUGACUCGAAUCCUAAAUAGAAAUAUUAUGAAGUAGUCCAUUACAUUAUUAUAUCCWWCUAAAAAAAA